AAUGUCCUCCUCCCAAUGCGAACAUUUUUAUCAAUUAUAUUAUAAUUUAAAAGAGACUACAAUGAAAUAUUUUUUAAUUCCAACAAAAACUACUUAUGACAAAAUCUCAAAAUAUUUAAUUACAAAUCAAGUAGAUGGAUCUAUUUCAAUUAAUACUUUAACGCAUUGGAGAAAAGUUUAUUCGAUAAAAGAAGUUGACAAUCAAAAUUUAGUUUUUUAUGAGGAGAGGAAAGUUAUUUGUGAAGAAGAACUUUUUGAGGUAGUACACAAUGCACAUGUUUUUGUUGGACAUGGAGGACGGGAUUUGAUGACAAAUGCAUUGAGGGGAUUCUAUGGAGUUGGAAGAAAAGUAAUCGCCAUUUAUUUACAAACAUGCACCGAAUGUGAACACAAACGGGCAAGAAUUAAGAAGAAUAUUGUAAAGAAGGAAAUUGUCCCAAACCCCAAAGGCUAUGCUGAAAGUUAUCAAGUGGAUUUUAUUGACAUGGAGAGUCAGAGGGACGGUCUUUAUUCGUGGAUUUUGGUUGUUCAGGAUCAAUUCACAAAAUUUGUUCACUUACGAGCUCUUCAAAAUAAAGAUUCUCUUUCAAUUGCUUUUUUAUUGGAAGAGAUUUUCGCCCAAUUUGGACCUCCUCAAGUAUUGCAAACUGGAAAUGGUCGAGAAUUUGUAAAUGAACAUAUCCACUCCCUCUGUAGUGAAUGGAAAGUGAAAUUAAUUAAUGGAAAUUCUAGAAAAUCGUCGAAUGAAGAAGGUGUGGAACGAGCUAGUCAUGAUAUAGAAAAUAUCAUUUUGACGUGGGAAACUUCAUUACAACGAAAUGACUGGGCAAAUAAUUUGAAGAUUUUUCAACUUAUGAAGAAUAAUAGGUUCCACAAAUCCCUCCAAAAAACUCCAUACGAAGCAGUAUUUGGCCGUAAACUCCAUUCUUUGCCUUCCAGCGUUUCAAUAGAUGAUCAAAUAGAAGAAUUUGUAAUAAAUGGUUUUUAUGUAGAACAGACAGAAAAUAAUAAAGAAGAAAUUCCAGAAGAAAUCCCAAUUUGUUCAGAUUCUCAAUUUGAUGCACAGGAGGAGGAAAUGACUAAUAAAUAUUGUAAAUGUAAUUCUGAAUGUAAAGGGAAUCGUUGUUGUUGUAAAAAAGAAGGAAGGUUUUGUGGAAAUAAAUGCCACAAAAGCCUUUCUUGUUCAAAUAAUUUAUUAGUAAAAAAAGAGGAUGGGGGAAUUCACCAAGAACAAUUAAACGAAAAUGGGGAAUUCGAAAUUAUUUUUGAAGAUGAUGGAAGUGAUAAAAAAGAGUAUAUUCCUUUAAAUAAAAAUAAAAAAGAACAACAUUGGUAUGGAAUGGUAAUUGAUUUUAAACCGGAUUUACAAAUUGCUUGUGUUUCAGAAAAUGUUUAUUUGAGCAGUCAAGCUGUAGCUCAAGAUUUAGAAUUAUUAUUAACCAACAAAAUAACACACAUAAUUAAUGUGGCUACGGGUGUUCAGUGUUUAUUUCCCGAAAAUAUAAUUUAUUUGGCUUUAACAGCUUUGGAUAUUCCUACAGAAAAUUUAAAAAGACAUUUUGAUAAAGCUGUGAACUUUAUUUAUAAUGCUGUUGAAAAUGGGGGAAAGGUAUUAAUUCAUUGCAAUGCAGGAGUUUCUCGUUCAACAACAAUUGUCGUUGCUUAUUUAAUGAAUUAUAAACAUUUGACUGUUAAUAAAGCUUUGGAACAUGUUCGCAGUCAAAGACCGAUUGCUAGGCCAAAUGAUGGUUUUAUGUGUCAAUUAAAAGAAUAUGAAGGUGAACUUGGCUUGAAUUCUGUCGAUAACCAGUAG